AUGCGCACCCUUCUGCUUCUUCUUUCGCUUGUUGGCAUCGCCAUAGCAAAUUUUGCCUCUCAAAGUUCAGGCUAUGAAGUAGCCGAACAAAUCCAACCCGCUCCGGCCCCAGCCUCGGCGGUUGGAGGCGAUCAACUAGCAUAUAAUAAUGAAGGCAGAGUAGCUGCUCCUGCUCCAGCUGCAGCUGCACCUCCACCACCACCGCCACCUCCGGCCCCAGCACCUAUAGUACUCCAGCCUGCUCCAUCAGGACCAGCUGCAUACCCUGGGCCCCCAGAAGAAUCUGCUGGUGGAGUGGAAGAGAACGAGGUCGGCUACAGAGCUCGCCGCCGCCGCUUCCGUGUUCGUAGUGCUCGUAGACGUAUGCAUCGUAAGCACCAUUGA